AGUGCUGCGUACGCAAGCCCUUGACUGGUGGAAAAAAAGGGGUCCUGAUCGCUGUGGUUUUGUCCUCAGGCUCCCGUCUCCGGAGCUCCCAUUCCAGGAGUCUGGCAGGGGCGGGAGAGGCUCUUCUACGGUUUUUUGCUUGGAAAGAGGCGUCUGGCUUUCCUGAUUGCAAAGAAAAAUCCGACAAGCUCUUAAAGCCACACGAGAAAGCAGAAGGCAGCGGAGGGGGAAAGGAGGUUUGCUCAGCCCGGGCAGCGCAGCCAAGCAGCAGUGCAGCACGUCCGAGCGGCGACCAGGCGACAGCGGGGCUGCUCCUGCUUAAAGCCCGUCCCGGCGCUCGCAGCGGGCCCUCGGCUGCCUCCGGGCCCCGGAGCGGCGGCGCCCGGCAGGCUGGGCUGCCCCCCGGCCCGCUGCCCCCCGGCAUGGCGCAGGAGGCGGCCCCCGUCCUCCUGGUCUUCCUCACCCGGCUGGUGUCAUCCACGUGGCACGAAGGGUCCGGCUACUACGCCGCCGAGAGCCACGCCAACGAGGUGUACGCGGAGGAGCCGCCGGCCGAGCCCGCCCUGGACUACCGGCGAGUGCCCCAGUGGUGCGCCCCGCUCACCGUGCACCGCGGAGAGGCCGCCUGCUACUCGCCGUGGGGCGGCGCGUACCGCAGCAGCCUGGGCGCCCGCUGCGAGCUGAGCUGCGCCCGCGGCUACCGGCUGGUGGGGCGCAGCGCCGUGCACUGCCUGCCCAGCCGCCGCUGGUCCGGCAUGGCCUACUGCCGACAAAUCCGGUGCCACGUGCUGCCGGCGCUGCCUCGGGGCUCCUACGCCUGCUCGGCCGGCGUGCUGAUGGACUCCCGCUGCGACUACGCCUGCCUGCCCGGCUACCAGCUGGAGGGCGACCGGAGCCGCACGUGCCUGGAGGACGGGCGCUGGAGCGGGAGCGAGCCGCUGUGCGCAGGACUCUGCCGACGGCGUCAUCAAGCGGGUGACGCUGCGGGGCCCCGAGCCGGGCUCCGAGUUCGCCGAAGGGGAGCACGUGAUCCGCUACACGGUGCACGACCAGGCGUACAACCGGGCCAGCUGCAAGUUCAGCGUACGCGUGCAAGUGCGCCGCUGCCCCGUCCUGAAGCCGCCGCAGCACGGCUACCUCUCCUGCACCUCCGCCGGCAACAACUACGGGGCCACCUGCGAGUACCUGUGCGACGGCGGCUACGAGCGCCAGGGCACCUCCCUGCGCGUCUGCCAGUCCAGCCAGCAGUGGACCGGCUCGGCGCCCGUGUGCACGCCCAUGCAGAUCAACACGCGCGUGAACUCGGCCGCCAGCCUGCUGGAUCAGUUCUUCGAGAAACGCCGGCUCCUCGUCGUCUCAGCCCCCGACCCCGCCAACCGCUACUACAAGAUGCAGAUCUCCAUGCUGCAGCAAGCCGCCUGCGGGCUGGACCUGCGGCACGUCACCGUCGUCGAGCUGGUGGGGCAGCCCCCGCACGAGGUGGGCCGCAUCCGGGAGCACCAGCUCUCCGCGGGCAUCAUCGAGGAGCUCAGGCAGUUCCUGCACCUCUCCCGCUCGCUCUUCAACGCGGUGCUGCUGGACAAGGCGGGCACCGACCGCGAGCGCUACAUCCUGCCCGUCGGCCCCGAGGAGCUCUUCGACUUCAUCGACACCUACCUGCUGAGCCCGCAGGAGGUGGCGCAGCGGGCGCAGAGCGGGGACGCCUGCGAGUGAGGCGGCGCGGCGGGCCCGGGCCGACCCUCCGCCGGCCCGGCCUCAAGAACGGACAAAUUCCCUUCUGCUUUUCUAGUCGCCCGCUGUAGAGGAGGACCAGGGCGCCGAGGGCUUCGGGGGGGAGGAGGGCCAGUCUCAGGCGGGGGUGGGAGCAGCAGCAGGCCGGGGCCGCGCUGCUAAGCAGCUGGGAGCAUCGGGAGCUGCCGGAGCGCCUCCGCGCAACGCCUGGCGCGGGAGAGGGGCCCCGGCCCUGCCGGGCGCGAGGCCGAGCGCGGCCGAGCGCUCCCAGCCCCGGCCGAGCCACGGAAACCUCGCGCAGCGGCUUCGCCCUGCUCUCGGCCGUGCCCGCCCCGUGCGCAACCCGAACGUGCCUCCUCGUCGCCCGGGGGUCGGCCCCCGACAGCCGGCCGGGUGCUGCUGCCAGCGUCCUGCCGGAGCCAGCGCCGGCGGAAAGCCUCUGUUGGGAGCAGAUGGCCCCACGCUCAGAGACACAGUAGCAAACACUCAGUGCACAAAUCACCUCUAACAGAUUGUAAUCGCACCCUACCGUUUGCCUCUCCUUCCACCCAGCAACGUGGCGCUCUUCCUGAGAACUGUUCUGGCAGUAGAAUAUUAACUUGACAUGAAUAAAUUUGUAUAAAAAGUCA